UGAUAAUGUAAGUAACUAAUUGUUAGCGAGGACGGCGAUAGUAGUACUAGGAGUAGUUGUGGAGCUGAAUGCUUCUACGUACUAUCGCAUUAAUGUGAUAAUGGUCGUAGCCCUCCUUUUCAUUACCAAAUCAUGCCUCCUGCUUUCGACAUUCUCCGGUCGACGAGCUUUGCCUUCCAAGAAGCUCUCGAUGUGCUGCAACCGGGCGACGCAAAAAGCAGCCGGUUUAUCGAAGGGGAGAGUUGGGUACCCUCGCAUGCCAAUGGAGCGGCUGCAGCGCUCAGGGGCAAGCUGGCGGAUGCGCGUGCGUUGAUGCGCGAUGAGGGACAGGCUGAGGUAGCCUACGAGCGUGUUGAGGAUCGCGCUGAAAAUAUCGCUGCUGGUCGUGACGGAAGCAACCCUUCUGGGGUCUUGAAUACAGCCCAACUAGAUCCGCGAAGCGUAACCGUCUUACCACCAGGGGAAGUGUCUUCUAUAACGCCAAUGCUAGAAGAGAAGUGCAAUAUCCGGCGUUUGGUAGCAGGAAACACGGCUAAACGGUUCAAGCAUUUAGGCUACAAGCAAGGCUUACGCGGCGGGCGAGAGAUCUGGGCGUUCCGACCGAAAGAGGGGUUGCCAGCAGAGGAAAACCUGAUGUCAAAUCCAUCUUUCUGGGCUCGUGGUCGUUUAAUACACGAAGAAGACUGCGGUAACGCUACCAGUGGAUGCAUCGGUGUCCGAUGGCGAGAUGGGUGGAAUAGGAACUUUUUUACCACACCUAGAUGGAUCCUGGAUCCGAUGACGGAGAGGAAUAGGACGUUUUUUGGUACACCAGAUGAAGCGGCAUCCUCGUCUGGUGACAACCUCCACAGCGCUAGUCUUUACAACAGCAAAGACUACGACCCUCGAACUUUUGUGCAGCUAGAAGAUGGAAUGGCUGGACGCGAAGCUCAAAAUCUCGCCGACUUACAGGAGCAUCUGCGAGCGUUCAUGGGUGAGACGAAACUGAAGCAGUUGAUGCAUGAUCCUGCUGAUGCGAUUGAUGGAGCGGAGAAGGGAGCUGAAGCUCCUCAAAGUCCAGUCGGAGAAUGGGGCAAGAAGGCCAAAGCAGACGCGGCAGCAUCUGGUGAGGCACCACAUGUAAAAGAAAUA